GCUCUUUGUCCUGCCUCCCCGUUGUGACGUGAACUCCCAUCUCCCCCCGCCAUUAAUCCUCUCAUAGCCCCACUUACGUACCCCACCCCUCACCAGACUCUAGCUUCCGACUCUAGAUUCUAGCUUUAGACAUUCAUCGAGCAGUCGGGCGAUCGGCUCACUGCGUCCUCACUCUAUUCGUUGAAUUCUCACUCACAGUGCUGCGUUGCAGCCUUAGGUAGAUUUAGCCGUGUAGAUUCAGACAGACCCACCGACAUAGAAAGUAGUUUCGACUCGGGGCUUCGUCGCCUCGAUAAUUCAUUCAUUCAUUCAUUCAUUCAAUCACUCCGUCGUCGAUUGGCUUGGACCGUAAUUUGAAACUUUACUGGGGCGACGUCGAAUGUCAACCCGAACACAUAAUAAUUACUCUAACUGGAUGCGAAUACCGUUCUCCUAACAUCUGCAGGUCGAAGAGCUGAGCAGACGGCUGUGUCUGCUCUCCUUCGGAAUUGCGGGGCCGCGGAUCUUGCUUGCGCUGCGCUGAAGGAAGGAAGGAAGGAUCGGAAGAAGGAACGAACGCGAGAGGGCCUGCGUGGCCACUAGAACAGAUCUGCGUUUGUAAUGCAGUUUAGGAGCCUAAGGGAGCUCCACUCAUUCAUGACGACUCCCGACAUGCUGAGCAAUGUCAUGAACCUGCUGCCGACGGGCACGUAUCUGAUGUUCCAGAUUUUGUCCCCGCUGACGACGAACGAUGGAACGUGCGGAGGCAUGGAGAAGGCGCUCACCUCGUUCACGCUCUGCAUCUUCGCGUGCUUCUGCGCUCUGCUGGCCUUCACCGACAGCUAUGUGGCCGAGGAUGGCAGGCUCUACUACGGCAUCGUGACGGUGAAGGGCCUGUGGAAUCCGACCUUGGAGGACAGCGGCCUGGCGGAUGUGGCCGGCUCGACCUACUUCGGCGGCGGUGGCAAGUACGAGAUCAAGCGCCAGGACUUCGUGAAUGCGACUCUGGCCGUGGCCGUGUUCAUGACGCUGACUCUGCUGUCGGACAAUGUAGCCGAGUGCUUCUACGGCUCGCUGUCGCCGAACCUCAAGCGGAGCGUUCCCAUUCUCGUGGCUCUGGUGAUCGGAUUCAUUUUCGCCUUCUCGCCCCCGGCGCGAAACGGAAUUGGGUUCGCCAUAAGCACUACACAAAUUUCGUUGGUCUCCAACCCUGUGCACGUGUAGCACACAAAUCGUUUUGACAUUAUGAAUUCUGAUGAAAAGCUAAAGCUCCUCUCGAUGGCUCAUCGGGAGGACGAAUAGGCCAACCGAAGACAUAGAAAGUGAAGAAGAAGAAAAAGAAGGGAAGGUUCUGACUCGAGAGCAAGCUCGAGCAAGUCGUGCCUUCUUGAAGCCUGGCCUCACCAGUGUACGACUUGCAGGGUCUGGCAUUGGUCGACGGACGACGCAUAAUUGAUGGGAUCCAGGAGCAGCAGGAGGAGGAAGGCCAGGCCUGUAAUAUGAUGUAGAUCCGGACAUGUACACACACUGAUCACGGUGAUAAAGUUCCACGGUGUCCAUUGCUCUUCAAGUAAAGCCGACGGUUGAGGCGGGGCAUCGAACUUGCAUGCAUUCCGGAGACAGAAGAAGAUUUUGCCCAACGCAGUGUUGCGAGUCACGGAAACCCACAGAGAUGAGUUAGCCAGAAAUGUCACGAAGCAGUAUUCUUCGAGGAGCUUGUGAGUCCUGAACAUACGUACAUACAGCAAUCGAUCGCCUCCUCUCUACUGUUGGGUGUGUCCCUUUCGUGCACACGCGAGGGCAGUCAGUCAGUCAGUCGAUUCUGAGAAGCUGGGUCGGUCGGUCGUUGGUUCGUUCGUCUGCACCGAAGUUCUUUUUCUGGUGGAAUUCUCUUUUACUCGUCCUGGAGGCCGCGUUCUGUAACUAACUCUCCUGGUGCCUUUCUGUGCGUUCCUCCGUCCUUCUGUGACAGGAGCAAACUCCCAUGGAUGUCGACUCCGUUCCUCAUCCAGGAAUCAUUUCGUUUCGUUUGCUUACACAUUUUUACGUACAAUCAACUGUUCGUGAAAUCUUCCUCCCUUUCCUUCCUUCUGGAGAUCGAAGGUCUUCUGCAUACUUGCAGCGGUAAAGAAUUUCGUGCGGGCAGAAAGAUAAGCAGGUUUAACGUCCAUCAGCGAGGAUUCCCAUUUUUGAAAGUUCCAUGGCCUAUCGACCGAGUGAAUAUACGGACAUGUAGCUGUUUCUCCUUCUGCUCGUACGCCCGCUCUCUACCCUCCACCCACAUUGGCCGAGGAUGGACUCCCACCAGGAGUUCAGCUUCUUUGUAUACUUGUUAGGAGCAGACUGAGUUAAUGUCUGAUAGGAAUAAAUGGUCCCUGACUAGAUCCAAGCAUCGUCGGUGCAGAAGUUCAGUUCGCCGAACUCCGUGCCAGUUUUGCGCUAGUCAACACAUUAUCUAGCCAUUAGAAUCUAGAUUGUAAAGAUGUGCCACCGACAGAGAGUGCAAAUUGCACUAUGUAAAAAG